CAAACAAGAGCUCAUCUAGAUCUCGACUUUGUGUUACUCACUCAGGACACCUAUGCCAUACCUCAAGGACGCGCUCUUCAAGGUCAGAUAAUAAGAGGCUGUCUGCUUUGACGUCGUCGCGCGCCACAUACUCGCCUGCACCAAUUCCACCCAGGCCGAUGUCACUAUGAAGCGAAGACCGACGUCGUCCCUGUCCUAGAACACUAGUAUCACAGGAUGGCAAACUACGGCGCACCCUACGGCGGUGGUGCUGGCCAACCCUACCGAGACCCGAGAUUUCACGACCCUCGAGCGCAACAACCUUCCUCUUACUUCCCGCAGACGGCUAGCCCGCAACCUGGAUACCAGCAAACUGCCAGCCCACAGCCCCCGCAGUAUGCUGGUCAGCACGCCGUACAAUCGGAUAACCAACAACACGAUGCUAUGAAUGGCCUUGCUGGGCAGAUGGGAGGUCUGGAUGUGUCAGGUGUCCCUGCACGAUCGCAUCGAAAGAAAGAGAGGCAUGCAUAUCAUGAUAUUGGGCCAGCCCCGGCUCCUGCUCCCAUGGGCAACGCUGCUCAUCCAGGGGCGCUGGGCGGUCCUCAGUUCGUCAAUGACGCCCAGGCUGUGCCCGGUACAAUUCCUGGCCAACCUGCACAAAGCUUUGUCACUCCUGGGGACAAGUUGAGGAUGGGAGAGGAGGCCGUCACAACUCAAGGUCGUGUUGAUCCAGAACAAAUACCGAGUGUAGCAAAGUCCCGAGACCUGGCAACACAAUUUUACCAGGUAAACGUACAUGCUACGAUGGAAAAGCACCUUCCGCCUCCUGGGGCCGUACCAUUCAUCGCUCACGAUCAGGGAAACUCGUCCCCAAAAUUUGCCCGGCUGACGGUCAACAACAUUCCAUCCACAUCUGAGGCGCUUGCAUCGACAGGACUUCCAUUGGGCCUUGUCUUGCAACCAUUCGCUCCGUUACAAGAGGGUGAACCGCCUGUCCCUGUUCUCGACUUUGGUGAAAUCGGUCCUCCCCGUUGUCGGCGAUGCAGAACCUAUGUCAAUCCCUUCAUGACUUUCAGAUCUGGCGGAAGCAAAUUGGUCUGCAAUAUGUGCAAUUUUCCCAAUGAUGUCCCUCCCGAGUACUUUGCUCCGACCGAUGUGGCCGGCAUAAGAGUUGAUCGCAUGCAAAGACCGGAGCUUAUGAUGGGCACUGUGGAAUUCUUAGUGCCCAAAGAGUAUUAUACGAAAGAACCCGAACCUUUGCGAUGGUUGUUCCUGAUCGACAUCACGCAGGAAGCCAUCAAUAGAGGCUUCCUCGCGUCGGUGUGCCAAGGGAUCCUGGACGCACUGUACGGGCAUGAGAGAGAAGACGUGACAGAGGAAGAUGGAAAUUCCCAAAAACUUCCAGCAGGCGCCAAGAUCGGCAUCGUCACUUACGACAAAGAGAUCCAAUUCUAUAAUCUGACGACCGGUCUGGCAACUGCUCAAAUGAUGGUGAUGACGGAUCUUGACGACCCUUUUGUGCCUUUGUCAGAGGGACUGUUUGUUGACCCACAAGAUUCCAAGGAGGUCAUCACUUCCCUUCUCCAGUCAAUACCCACUAUGUUUUCGACCAUCAAAAAUCCGGAGCCCACAUUGUUACCGGUUCUGAAUGCAGCAUUGGCGGCUAUGGCAUCUACAGGAGGCAAGGUGAUAUGUUCCCUCUCAACGCUACCCACAUGGGGACCAGGAAGACUGCACUUACGCGAUGACGGCAAAGGCCGUGACACAGAUGCUGAGAGAAAGCUGUUUACAACCGAGCACCCAGGGUGGAAGAAGACUGCUGGUGCAAUGGUGACCGCGGGCAUUGGAGUUGACUUCUUCCUUGCAGCAGCGGGUGGCGGCUAUAUGGAUGUGGCAACAAUCGGGCAUUUGUCACGAUUGACUGGCGGAGAAAUGUUCUUCUAUCCCAAUUUUGUCGCACCGCGGGAUACGCUCAAGCUCCAAACCGAGAUCAAGCAUUCCCUGCACCGUGAGACAGGCUACCAAGCGCUGAUGAAGGUCCGAUGCUCGAAUGGAUUGCAGGUCGCCUCAUACUAUGGUUCGUUCCUCCAACACACGUUUGGUGCCGACCUGGAAAUUGGUACAGUCGACGCCGACAAGGCUAUUGGUGUUUUGUUCUCUUACGACGGCAAGCUGGAUUCUAAACUGGAUGCCCAUUUUCAGGCGGCACUUCUCUACACUUCCGCAACAGGGCAGAGAAGAGUCAGGUGCAUCAAUGUGGUCGCUGGCGUCAAUGAAGGCGCCACCGAAACCAUGCGAACAGUCGACCAAGAUGCUGUUGUGAACAUCAUCGCAAAAGAGGCAUCCGCUAAAGUGGCCGAAAAGUCACUCAAGGACAUUCGGGCCAGCAUUACUGAGAAGACUAUUGAUAUUCUUGCUGGUUAUCGGAAAAAUUUCUCGGGGUCCCACCCGCCUGGUCAAUUGGUACUCCCAGAGCAUCUCAAGGAGUUCGCCAUGUACAUGUUGGGGCUGAUCAAAAGCCGAGCGUUCAAAGGUGGCGUCGAGCCGACCGAUCGCCGCGUACACUCUGCACGAUUCAUGAGGUCUUCUGGUGUGACAGAAACAGCAUUGUAUCUCUACCCUCGUAUUUAUGCCUUGCACAACAUGGCUCCUGAGGACUGUUUCGCCAAUGCUGAAACGAUGCAACUGGUUGUCCCUCCAACUCUUCGGGCCUCAUUUGGUCGCGUAGAGGAAGGUGGCGUGUACUUGGUGGACAAUGGACAGGUCAUACUGAUUUGGUUGCACGCACAAGUGUCACCGAACCUGUUGGAAGACCUUUUCGGCGAAGGCACGAGCAGUCUGCAGGAUCUAGACCCUAUGAUGAACGAGCUUCCCAUCCUGGAUACUCACCUUAACGCACAAGUGCGUAACUUGCUCCAAUACCUCUCGACAGUGCGAGGCAGCAAGGCCGCAUCUUUUACUCUGGCCAGACAAGGACUGGACGGCUCAGAAUUCGAGUACGCUCGAAUGCUGGUCGAAGAUCGCAACAACGAGGCCCAGAGCUAUGUUGACUGGCUAGUUCAUGUUCACCGUGCCAUCCAGAUGGAGUUGAGUGGGCAGAGGAAGAAGGAAGACACUGGCGACCAUGAGGGCAUCUUGAAUAGUUUGACGGGGCUCAAAGCGCCGUACUGGACAUAAAUGUGAAAGAACAAUGACAACAAAUGAAGUACUUGUCGGUAUCCCCUGC